AUGGAAGAGGAGGAGAAGUCAAUGUCUUUCGAGGAGGAUGGGUAUGGGUAUAACUCUGAAGAGUUGAACACGCCUCCUUCAAGUGGUGCUGAAGAGGAUGAAAAGGUUGUCAAUCCAAAAUUUAAUGUGCAUGAGGAGUUUGGUCAUGUGCACUUAGAGGUAGGAAUGGAACUUUUUAGAAACAAGAGGGCAAGUAGGGAUUGGGUUGCAAAGAAGUUAGAAAAAAGGCUAAUGACACAACCGAACAUGACAAGGGCUGAGGCCUACGACCGCAUGAAAGAGGAGUACAAAGUUCAUGUCCAUUUGAAGAAAGUGACCAAAGCACUUCAGAAAGCGAAGGCCAAAAUAGAAGGGUGUGAAAAAGAACAAAAAGGGUUCAAAGCUGGCUGCAGGCCCUUAAUUGGUUUGGAUGGAUAUUAUGGAGGUCAAUUGUUAAGUGCAGUUGGUGAGGAUGCCAACAAAAGUUUCUAUGUCAUUGCAUAUGCAAUUGUUGAUAGUGAAACAAAAGAGAACUGGAAGUGGUUUUUAACCCUGUUACAGGAAGACAUUGGCCCUCACGGGCUGAUUUCAGCACUGCAAGAGGUGAUGCCUGGUGCAUAUCAUCGUUUUUGUGUGCAGCACGUUUGGAAGAAUUUCAUAAAGCAAUGGAAAGACAAGGCAAUUCAAGCCAUGGUUUGGGAGUGUUCAAGAUGCACCACUGUCCCCCAGUUCCAGCAAUGCAUGGCACGGUUGAAAGUAAAGAAUGAGGCUGCAUGGAAGUACUUGGAUGGCAUCCAGCCCUCAAGUUGGGUGAAAGCUUAUUUCAGCCACUGGCCUAAAUGUGAUAAUAUCACAAACAACAUGGCAGAGGUAUGGAAUGCCAAGAUCGUUGGGUAUAGGUCAAAACCGAUUAUCACUCUAUUGGAGGAACCGAGAUGCUACAUUAUGAGGAGGAUGGCUGCACAUCAGAGGGUGUUAGGAACUGUUCGGGGUAAAAUAGCUCCUGCUCAGCAAUUGAAACUGGAUCAGUUAAAGGUUCUUAGCAAUUCAUGGACACCCACUUGGACUAGAAAUCUGCAGCAAGUUAUGUAUGAGGUCAGUGGGAAAGGUGAUAGAGUUGGAGUCAAUUUAACAACACAUACAUGUGCAUGCAAUGUAUGGCAGUUGUCUGGACUGCCUUGUGAGCAUGCUAUAGCAGCAAUUUGUCACAAAAACGAGCCAGCCGAGAACUAUGUCCAUCAAUGGCUUACAGUUGAUGCAUUGCAUGCCACAUAUGAGCACACCUUAAACCCAGUGAACUCGGACAAGUAUUAG